AUGGCACGAUUUCACAUCCUUUUCCUGUGUGUUGGAUUGAUCGUAACGGGAGGUAUCAACUCACUAUUCACCAAAUAUCAAGAUAAUCAAUGUGUGCGCGAUUGCAAAGGAAAUUCACCAGUUUUCUUCAACCAGCCAGUGCUGCAAACGCUGCAGAUGUUUAUUGGCGAGAUGGCAGUGUUAGCGGUGUUUUGGAGUCGCCAAAGGGGAGCUGCUCCUAUCAGUGAAACCAUCGGCAGCAAGCCAGUAGUAAAAGGCAAACAGCACUUUCUUCUGGCCAUGCCCGCAAUUUGUGACAUCAUCGCCUCCACACUGCUCAAUCUUGCUCUGAUCAUGAUUCCCGUGUCGAUUUACCAGAUGACUAGGGGCGGGAUCGUGUUCUUCGUGGCUCUCUUCAGCGUUUUGUUCUUGAAGCGGAGAAUUACUCAUAUGGAGUGGGUUUCACUUGUUGUGAUAGUCCUCGGUGUGGCAGUUGUCGGGUACAGUGGCCAAUCCGAGGUUGUCGAUGCUGAACCAGAAUCAGUGCCUCUCGCUGGCUCCAUGCUCCUAGGUAUAUGCUCGGUCGUUCUGGCCCUGGUGUUCAUGGCUUUCCAGUUUAUCAUCGAGGAACACAUUAUGGCUCGCUGGCAAGUUAUUCCACUGGGUCUCGUGGGGUUCGAAGGUCUAUUCGGGUCCUUGAUUACCUUUGGCAUGUUGUUGUUUGGACAUGUCGUCUACGGCCAAAAGGAUGUGAAUUCCAGCUUCAACAUGCGUCAGGCUUUCAAAGAUAUGCUUUCAAAUGGAAAAGUGCUUUACUCGUCGGUAGUCAUUAUGGUCUCCAUUGCAUGUUUCAACUACUUUGGGACGUCCAUCACGAAAAACGUGAGUGCUACUUCCAGAAGCACCGUUGACACCUGCAGAACCUUACUUGUUUGGCUUGCGUCUUUGUCGUUAGGUUGGGAGUCUUUCAAAUUUUUGCAACUCUUUGGGUUCAUGCUACUGGUAGCUGGAACUUUGGUUUUCAACGGCGCGAUCGAGAUUCCUGACAAGUACUUGCCACAGUUCCUACUGAGCGACAAGACUGGUGAGUACGAUCGUUUGAUUGACACUAUCGACGAGGAAGUUGAAAGAUUCUAG